AGUUACCUAAAUUCGACACAUGCGCUAAUUUGUUAAAUAAAAAUAUCAAAAAGUGCAAAAUUGUUGUGCAGUUUAGAGUGUAAUUUAACCCACCCAAGUGAUGGUCUUUUUUGAUUAACCCUGUAGAAAAGGAGUAUACGUCUUUUUUCAAUCAAAAAGACACAAAAGUGAUAUAAUACUCGUGCAAAUGUGAGGAGAAUAAAACCAGUGCAACCUCUUUAAUCCGAAUAAAGCUUUAAUGUCACGAACAAGUUAUAUUAUUGACAAAUUUGAAUAAGCAAUGCUUUGAAAAAUAUGUCUUUUUUCAUUUGUUUCUUAUAAUUUCAACACGACUUUUUAGAAUCCAAUAUGUUUGAAAACAAAAGAAAAAAUAGGAUAACGUUUUUAAUCGCAAAUCCUGGUUUUUGUGUGUGUAAAUUUUUUGAUCAAAGGCGGAUUAAGCGCUUGGCGAAACUCGACAGAAGCAUUUUUAUUAUUAUUUAUUUAUUAUAAGUGUCCCUCUAAAAGAAAUAAAAAUAAUAAAAACUUAUUUUUUUUUGGAGAUUGGAUCUAAGGCCCCUAAAAUUUUUACCGCCAAGGGCUUCCAGUCACCUAAUCCACCUCUGUUUCUGAAUUCAACUGAAUACAUUUUAUACACACAUUUGCCCAUUAAUUAGAGAAUUAAUUCAAUCACUCGAAGUAAGCUAAUUCGGAUUGUAGAGGUUCUACUGUAUUUGUUGACACAAGUUUGGUCAAUAUCACGUGUUUGCAAUGUCGUCUUUGCCCAAAUUGGCAAAUUUGCGUCUAAAAUCGCUCACAAUCCGCCGAAAAAAAGACGAACCGGAGGAAAAUCCCGUGGAAAAACUGUUAAAACCGAUCAAAACCCUUGAACCCGACACGAGUGAUGAAAGUGAUUUUAGUGAAAUCUCGGACGUUUUCGAAGAAUUUCACAAAAAUAGUUACCUCAAACGGCGCUCUUUAAGCAAACACGAAGCUGAUAUUUUAACAAUGAGUGAAUUUACCGACGAUUUUAAGAAAACGAUGUCGCAGAUACGAAACGACUUGGACAAUUGCGAUGAAUUAUUCCUUGAUUCUGGAAAAACAUACGACGAACCAAAAAUUCACCCUCAAGUAUCAUUAAAAGAAGAUGAGACAACUUCAAUACCAACACUCUCAGAACUGCAAAAGCGCAAAUCGAGUGACUCUAGCACGUCAUCGAUCACGUGGCACUUACUGGCGGUGAAUCGCGCCAAUAAAAAGUUCGAAAUCACACCGCCGGCUUAUAACGCUUUUAACCAAACCGAACCGCAUUGGCUGGAACGGGAGUCGGUUUCGUGGGAGAAACUCGAAAAGGCCACUCUUAAGUGCGAAGAGUGGCUGGAGCAAUGUCUCUGAAACAGUUUUCUCACCUGUGGC